AUGUCUUGUGCUGAAGUCUUUUUCAAUCGACUGAUUGCACGUAAACCAUGGAGAGACUUAAAUACUGAGCUUCAGACAAAGUCAGCAUUUGAACGUAGACUAAGUUGGGUUCAUUUGCUUGCGAUAGGCCUUGGUGCUACUAUUGGUGCUGGCAUUUUUGUAUUAAGUGGACAAGCUGCUGCACAAUAUUCUGGUCCAUCAAUCAUCAUUUCAUUUGUUAUAACAGGCGUUAUUGCUUUAUUGGCAUCUUUUUCAUAUUCAGAAUUAGGAGCCAUGAUGCCCAGUUCUGGAUCAGUUUACACAUAUACUUAUGCAGCCUUAGGAGAAUAUUUGGCAUGGUUUAAUGGAUGGAAUUCUAUAUUACUUUAUCUAUUCGGUAUUUUGACAGUGACAGUUGCUUGGAGCAAGCAUGUUGCCUUAUUUAUCGAUAUUGUGUCUGAUUAUAAUGUAACAAGCAUGAUUGCCCAAGCACCAGUGGCUUGGAAUGAAGAUGCUGAACGGUUUUUUGUUACUGGUCAAGCGAUUAACUUACCUGCUAUUGCAAUUACUAUUGCUAUUAC